AUGCCAGGUAGUCUCUUUCUCUACUCCCAGGGCCUACCACUUCUGUACCGUGUGUCUUUCCUUGACUGCCUCUGGAAGGAGAUGUCAGAAGAACAGGAAGAUGAAGGGACGGAGGAAGAAGAGGAGGAAGAGGAUACAUCUCUGGACCCAUUGAAAGUAAGUUCCAAUGGUGUGCAGUUUGAUUCUAAGGCUAUAUGUGGAGAUAUGCAAAGGAGGAAGGACUCCUGGGUCUCUGAGCUUCCAGGUUGCAGCUUACCUCAAGACCUGCAUGGAGCCAACGCCCAGGAAAUCCUGUCAGACUCCCGGCUUGUUAGGGAGGUCAUGGAGCAGAAAAAUUGUGCUCCUGUGCCUCCAGCUAGGAGCCCCAGUUUACCCCCAAACUCUGUGUCAAAGUCCCACAUAAUUGAACCUAUUGGAGAUCAAUGGGACUAUAGGCCAGAAGGGGAAGUAGUAGUAGAGCAAACAAAAAACUGCUGUACCACUGAGCUUCUAGCCUCAGCUCCCAGUUCACUCUUUGCCCCUACACCAGAAGUGCCCCUUGACUCUGAAUUUGGGUGGGGAUAUAGGCAGCAAAGCGAGGUUCCUCAGGGCUUCAGUCCUCUAGCACUGGAUCUCUGGCAGCCAAUACUCGGGCCUUCCGCUCUAGCUGAAACUCUGAAGAUUCCACGCAUCCAGCCAGAUCUAAUCAAGGAAGAGUUAUUCCCUGGAGCUAAGGAAGAGACUCCACCCUCCCAGGAAGAGGUUGUCCCAAUAAUACCCACCCACCCUGGAGUCCCAGGCUGGCAAUGGAGUAGAGAGUUAGAACUCAGGCUGAAGAAGCUGCAGCAGAAUGCUUCUUCCAGAUCCCCUGGCCUAAGACAACCGCCUUGCAGUUUUCCUGCCACUAGGUCUAUAACUCCGGGCUCUUGGGAAUGUUCUUCCUGCAGCCCUCAGCAGGCUCCCAAUGUGUGCCCCUGCUCUUCAAGUUGCCGUUUCCAAGAAUUUCAGGGCAUAGUACCUCAGCCUGACCAGGGCUCUUACUGUCAUCACCCCCACCCCUCUUCCCAGUCUCAGUCACCGGGGUCUAGCAGGGCAAAACGGAGGUCUCAGGAAGAGGAAAGGGUGAAGAAAAAGGUGGUGGUCCAGGUCUUCUUGGAAGCUAGUGACAGGCACCCAGGUCUAGGAGAGUCCUCAAAUUCUAAGGUUCCAGUUUCAGGCAAAAAGCAAAACAAGGUUUCAACCCUACCUUCAACCAGAAAGAAAGAAUAUCCCAAGACACCCCGGCCAGGGGGGAAUGCAGUAGUGACAUCAUCCACAGUCACAGGAAAUCAUCGCUUUGCUCAGGCUCCAAGACUAGUGGAGCCCCUUGGAAACAGACUUUCCCCCACGUCUCAGUCUAAGAACCAGAGCUCUCUACACACUGCUCUCCCACGACUUCUCCCCAAGACUGAGGGUCACCAGAAUCAGUGGGGGGCAGGGAUGGGAGCUGGUGACAUGCCAGACCCUCAGCACUGUAAGCACUGCAAAAGGUAUCUGUCCUCCACACCUCAGGCUCUGCCUGCCAGGUGUCUACAAAGAGUGCUGGCCAAGUUUCUGGGUACCCUUGGACCCCAGUCUACCAAAGCCAAUCAGCAGAGGUAA